AUGUUUCGUCCAGGAGACAAGACUCCACGGGUGCCUGAUUCUUUAUGCUCCACUUUGAUGCAAGUCGUACUCAAGUUCUUGGAAGAUAAAAAAAUCCUAUUGUGUAAUAUGAGAGGGCAAGAAAGAAUGAAAAGCUUGUAUGUCUUCUUCUCAUCCUCCGUUCGACAUUGGGAUGUCUUGAAGAAGUAUCUGCUUAACCUCUCGCUGAAGCCACUGAACGAUACUAGAACAGAAGAAAAGUUUGUGUCUUUCUUGAUGGAUUCUAAGGAUUUGGCUAAAGAAUUACAGCUAGAAGAUUUGACAUUACCAUGGAUAAAUACAGUAAUCACAUCUUUGGAUGAGAGAUUCAGUCAACUGAAAGCUCAUUUUGAUUAUUUUGAUUUUCUCUACGACAUUGACGAGCUGAAGAAUACAGCUCCUGACAGCCUGGACACAAAGUGUAGAAACCUCACAUCGAUUUUGCAAGAUCAUGAGUCAAGCGACAUUGAUGCAUUGGAGUUGAGAGAUAACCUAAAAGUGCUUUCAACAUUGUUGAAACCUGGAAUAGGUCCAAAAGAGAUUCUGAAGUUUAUGGGAAGACAUAAUUUUUGCCCGAAUGUUAACACUGCUCUGAGAAUUCCCCUAACACUCUCAGUGACAGUUGCGAGUCGAAAGAGGAGUUUCUCAAAACUGAAAUUGAUAAACACAUACCUCCGAUCAACCAUGAACAAAAUUCAUUUGAAUGAUCUUGCAACAAUAUCAAUUGAGAAUGAGCUUGUGGAGGACUUACAUUACACAGAUCAUGUGAAAGAGUUUGCAGAAGCAAAAGCUAGGAAGUUGAAUGCAUUAUAUGUUCAUAACCAUUGA